AUGAAAGACAGCGCAGCUUCUCCCGAUCUAUUACAAGACCCGAAAACAAUUCGUCUCCAUGAAUGCAAGAACAGCAAGCAGAUUGAAGCAGCCACCGACAUUAUACAACAAAGCGCAUCCCGAUUGUACAGCGCUCUUCAUGAUCGAGCAAAGCUGUUAGCCAACAGUGCCCAGUUUGAAGCCGCGUUACGCGAUGCAGCUGCGAUGCAGACAAUACGACCUACGUCAGCCCUUGGUUACCUUUGUGAAGGUGAUGUUUUAUGUCAACAAGGUCGCUCUGAAGCUGCUGUUGCCAUAUACGACAAGGGUCUUGAAGUAUCAUCAUCAUCAUCCGAUCCACACUAUCAUGACCUGCAGCAGCAACGCAUAGCCGCAAAGACCAUGAGCAACAAGCGUAUCGACUUUAUCAGCCAAUUGCCUAUGGAUGUCGUCUCGACCUAUAUCGUACCAAGAUUCAUGCCCACCGUAUUAUCAUCCACGGGGUAUUGUCCUUAUCUCCACGUGUCUGAUACUUGGCAGCAACGUAUACUCGAACAUGGUUUAAGCAUUGAGGUGGAUUAUGAGCUCCGUACAUUCCGUGAAGGCCAUGAGCAACUGGUUCAAUUUGCUCCCUACGUCACGUCGUUGGAUCUGAUUGUCAGGAUGAACAAGCAUUUGGUUCAUCUUUUUUCACGAGCCAAGUUUUCAUCCUUGAAAAAGUUAAAGCUAGGCAGUGAGACGAACGAAUCCCAAUUGAGAGGUUUGGCUAUGGUAGCGGAUACAUUGACGCAUUUGGAUAUCGGCUACAAUUCAUCGCUUCGUUUAUGUGAUAUCAUGCGAACCUGCCCCAAUUUGACGUUUUUGAAAUUCCAAGACGUGAACGCUUUCAUGCCGCCGCCGCCAUCAUCAUCAAAGUACCCACGAUUGACCCAUCUUCGAUUACACAGCUGGUCUUCAGAGAGCAUUGAAAAGAACAACAUAGCCCGUAUCUUGAGCCUGUUUCCCAAUCUGGUGUCGUUUGAGAUUUGGCCUAUGCCCGAGGAUUCAAGCAUCUUGCCUCUUUUAUCACAGCAAUGCCCACAUUUAAGAACGAUUUCGUAUGGCCGUGAGAUGGAAACCGGAUUUGAUAUCCCUAGGGUGGAUGUCAAAGAAAAAGGUAUUACAUUCGCUGGCAUGGGUGAAGGCGAGACAUUGGAUCAAGACGAGUUGAUAAAGUUUCUUUUUCAACAUCACAAGUCAUUGAAGGUAUUGGAUAUGAGUCUGGAUAUUGCCGCCUAUGGUCACAGCGCUUGGGAUUUUAUGGAUGGCAAGUUGGUGGCAGUCAAGCAUGACAACCUGGUGGUACCGUUAUCCUUGCCAAACUUGCAUACGGUGCGUGUAGCAGUGGAAGAGUAUUCAGCAGUACCUUGUCUACAGUGGGUUUUGGAGAAUGCGCCCCUUCUUGAAACAGUGAGCGUUCCGGAAUCAAUCUUGAUCAGGGAUACAGUACGAGGAUUGAAGCAACUGAAACACCUGACAACACUCGAUAUCAUUGAGGCAUCAGGGUUAGUGGAUGAUGGUGUUAUUGGGCCCCUCUUGCAACAUCAUGCCGCUUUGGGAGAUAAGUCAAUGCUCAAGCACAUUGAAAUCGACUUUGUUACCGCUCAAAUCUCCAACAUUGCAUGGUUACCCUUGGUGUGCGAUUUGAAAUACCUCAAAAAGCUGGACCUGUCGGCGAAUUACUUUACGGCUGAUUGGCGACCUUUCUUAAGCAACCUUGGUAAAGGAUGUCCCGCAUUGGAAGAGUUGACGCUCGGCCAUAGCAUUACCAAUUUCCAUGAGGGUCUCAUUGCUGCUCUUGAUACACAUCCAAAUCUCAAGACUUUAUACAUUGGUGCCAGUCGUCUAUCCGAACAUGAAUUACGUCAUCUUGGCAACUUCCCUAGACUACAACGUGUUUAUCUUUGCUUCCCUGUACCCGAUUCAAUAGCUAAUUAUCUACGUCAACAUAUGGAGGUUAUUUAUUAA